AUGAAGGAAACCAGAGGAGAAAAAAGAAGGAAGGACAAGUCUGAUAGAGCGACGGUGGAUAAGGUCCUUGACAAGAAAACAUUGAAGGUAUUGGAGAAGUUGGAGGACAGAGGAAAGCUAUCCAACCUCGAGGGAAGCCUCUGCACUGGAAAAGAAUCCAAUGUCUAUCUUGCCGAAGCAAGUACGGCGCUGUGUAGCAAAUUCAUCAAAAAUAAAUACGUUGAGGCUGAGGAGGCAGAUAACUUGGAGCAGAUGAUUCCUGUAGUUGUGAAGAUCUUCAAGACAUCCAUCAUGUCUUUUAGAGACAGAGAAAGAUACAUAAGAAGCGAGAAAAGAUUCCAGAGGUUCUGCACAUCGAAUUCACGUAAGCUAAUCAAGGUGUGGGCUGAGAAAGAAGUGAGGAAUCUUAAGCGUUUGAACAAUGCAGGGAUUCCCUCUCCGGAGCCGAUAUAUCUCAAGAAUAACAUUCUCAUAAUGUCACGGGUUGGGAAUCAUGAGGUGGUUGCACCCAAGCUACGGGAUGCAAUAAUAGAAGACAUUAUGGGGUGCUAUCUGCAGUGUGUAGAGGUGAUAAGAAGCAUGUAUAAAAGAGCGGGGCUUGUGCAUGCAGAUCUAUCAGAAUUCAAUCUUCUGUACUUUGAAGGGGUGGUUUAUGUGAUUGAUGUAGGGCAGAGCGUGGAGAUUGACCACGACAAUGCCCAGAGCUUUUUAAUAAUGGAUAUAAACAACAUUAACAACUUCUUUAGCAAAAAGGGUGUGGAGGUGAUUAGAGGGAACGAUCUAUUUGAGGAGAUUACUGGAAACGUUAUUCCACCGUAUUUGAAAGACAUGGACAUAGUCAAGGAUGUUUUCAUUCCGUCCCGAGUCUCUGAGGUUGGAAACCUGGAGGAUCUUGCAGCCUUUAGUGUGGAAAAAAAGGACUACGGAAAGACAGAAAUGUCUUUGGAGUAUUCCGAUGCCAGUGAAGAUGAGAUUGAGAAUUCCGACACAAGACUUGAGGCCAUGGAGAUAGAAAAUACUGAGGAUGCAAAGGAAGAGAAGAAGAAAAGGAAGAAGACUGUGAAAGAAAUGAAUAGAAUCAGAAGGGCAUCGAGGAUCAGUAAGAAGGAGAAAAAGAAAAUAUUCAAGAAGUACAUAGGAAUGAAGAAGAAGAGAAGAUGA